AGACUGAAAGGUCACGUGAUAUAACAAAGAUGGCGUCCCGGUGUUUACCACUAAAUAGGUUAGAUAGGUUAUGUGUCAAAUUAUUUAUUUAUUAAAUUUAUUAAGAGCAAUUGUUAAAUAUAUGAGGAAUAAAAUAUUUAUAAUUGAAGCAGAAUAAAAAAAUAUCAUUUGAUACGAUAAAAGACAAUAAAUUUUUCUCUAUUUGAAAGAUUUUAAAUAAGCAAUAUUCGAAUAGUACGGCACGAAUAUCAAUUUGAAAUUUUAUUUACAAAAAAAUAUUUUAAUAUUUAUACUGAUUUUAUAAACAAUGGAUUCGGAUGAUAUUAGUAUAGAUUAUAUAAAAAAACAAUUUUUCUCUUGCAUUCCUCUUAAAAAAUUUGAUUUUAUGUCCUUCGAGAAAAAUGGAUUUAAAAUAGAAAAUAUUUGCGUUCAAGAGAAAAUCUUUGAUAAUACAGUAAAUAAUGAGAUUGUAAGGAAAUAUCCUUUAAAAAAAUCGUAUCUAAAAGCAUUUCUAAAAUUGCUAAUCGAUAAGUUGGAAGAAAAUAACGACGAAGUUGACAAUAAACUAUAUGACGAAUAUUGUAAAUUGAUAUCAUCGAAAGAUGAAGAAUCGUCGACUCAUUAUCGUCAUUUUUUAAUUGAAAAGAAUAUCUGUAUCACUUUAGAGGAAAGCACAAGUAUUAUAUCACAAGGAACAACUGGAUUAUGUACCUGGCAGGCAGCAUCGAAAUUAGCCGAAUGGUGUCUAAUGAAUAAAUCCGAUCUAAUUAAUAAAAAAAUCCUAGAACUUGGAUCUGGAAUUGGUUUAACGGGUCUUACGGUGAUAAAUACUUGUUCUCCGAAACAAUACACAUUCUCCGAUUGUCAUCCAAUUGUUAUGAAUUUAUUAUUCAAGAAUUUAAUGACAAAUUUUUCGAAUAAGGAAAAUUUCGAAAAAUUAUCAAAUCAGGAAAAGAGUGACAAGAGAUUUGAAUUUGAGGGAAAAUACAAUCAGCAAACUGAAGUGCGAGCUGUAAAUUUGAAAUGGGAAGAGAUGAAUAAUUAUUUAAUUGAUUUAAUUGACAAUAAUGAUGAAGAGCCUGAAAUUGUCAUUGCUGCCGAUGUAUUAUACGAUAGUAGUAAUUUUUCCUCACUCUCGAAUGCCUUGAAAAUUUUAUUAAUUCAUAAUCAAUGUCAUUACGCAAUUAUUGCGGCGACUGUACGCAAUUCUAAGACGAUUGAUCAAUUCCUCGAGCAAUUGGAUAAAAAUCUCAGCUACAGUGACGAAAUAGUUCCAAAGUCGAUAAUAUUUAUUCCAACAGACGACACACCAAUUAGAAUAAUCAAGAAACAACAUUCCACUAAAGGUUUAUCUGUUCGAGAAUGAUAUAUGCUCACGAAU